AGCCCGUCUGUAUAGAUUAUGCCUUCAAAUAGCGACCUUACUCUUUAUUGGCCAAUGAGCAUAGGCUCUAGUACUCUAUUGGGCCUUGAAAAUUAGAUAUUUCCAUAUGAUUGGUCGCGGGAAAUACACGUCGAUUUAAGGCUUCCGUAUUAUUGGUCUGCACGGGCACGCUUCAAUUCUUCAUUGGUCCAUACGAUUUUGUGCGGUCUAAUGAUUGGUGGAUUAAUGUAAAUACUUGCAAUUAUUGGUGUAACCUGAUCCCGCAGCCGCUCAGUUAUUUGCGACGCCUGUUUUGCGACUGUCGGUGCCGGUAGCUGUGUGAAGUAGGCCAUUGAAAUUGUCUUUCGCCGGGGUUGAUUUUUCCUUCACUUGGACGGCGUAGCGGUGUGCGGCCAGCAUGUGAGGCCUGGCGAAGGGACAGGAACGGUUGUACCUCAGUCGGGUGAUAUGAGCGAAGACUGAGCGGCGGCGACGGACGUUGAGAGAAGGGCAGCCCGGGCACUAUGACAGUCUUCAGGCUGACGACGCAGGCCUACUGCAAGAUGUUACUGCACGCCGCCAAGUACCCGCACUGUGCCGUUAAUGGCAUCUUGGUGGCCGAGAGGCAUAAGAGAAAAGAGGGCCAGCCCGUGCUCUUCGUGGACUGUGUUCCCUUCUUCCACGGCACCCUAGCACUCGCACCCAUGCUGGAGGUGGCUCUCACUCUGGUGGAUUCUUGGUGUAAGGAAAAUAACUAUGUAAUAGCUGGAUACUACCAGGCAAAUGAGCGAAUGAAGGACAGCAGUCCAAACCAGGUUGCUGAAAAGGUCGCUUCUCGAAUUGCUGAAAGCUUCAGUGAUGCAGCCCUUAUUAUGGUUGAUAAUCAUAAAUUUACAAUGGACUGUGAAGAACAAUCUAUUGUAGUAUAUGAACAUCAUGAAAACAAGUGGCGAUGCAAAGACCCAAAUACAGAUUUCUGUGAAGAUUGGUCAGAGGUGCAGCGAAUCACAACCUGUCUACUGGAUGGUAAAUCCUAUGACUCCUUGGUGGAUUUUGAUAACCACAUGGAUGAUCUCAGGAAUGAUUGGACAAACCCAGAGAUCAACAAAGCUGUCCUCCAUUUCUGCUGAUUCACCGUUAUGUGAAUAUUCUUGGGCAUUCUCUUGACAAGUGGAAAUGUGCAGCUGCCUUUGGCUGUAAUGCGUUACCCUUUUGAAUGUGAAGUCUGAACAGUAAAAUGAAAGUCAAAACGUUGAGCACUCCAGUUCACUGCCAAGAGGUAUCAAGAUUUUCAAAUCUCCUGAUAAUUGAGCCAUGGGUCUCUUUGGCUUCCUCAGGAAAACAAGAUUUGCAGUCAAAUUGCCCUUUCUUUCUGUUAAAUCAGUUUUUGGAUAUUUCUAAAGAUGUGAGUUAUUGUGUAAUUUGAAAAGAAUUCAUCAGUUGUUAACACUGUAAGAAUAACUUGUGUUUAAACAAUUAUUUGAUUAAAUCAAUUUAAACAGCUCUUGACAAUAGCUGUAGUUGAUAUUUCUCUUCAGUUGCUAAUGCAGUUCCUCCAAUAUUUAGGCAUUUGAUCCUCUUGAUUUACACAGGUAAGUGUGCAAACUUUCAGUUGAGAAAAUAAGUUUGAGAUUUAGGGCUUUGGACAAACUAAAUGAUUACAUUUCAAAGAGAUUUCACUUGUUCUAAAGCAUUUUUGGCUUUUUUGAGUUCUGUGAAAGAAAGGUUUUGCGUUAAUCAUAUCAGUAACAUUUUGAGGAAUCCAUUAAUUUGAAACUGAUCCUUUGUAUAACAGCAUUCUAAUUGGAAAACAAAUCUUUAAAUUGCAUUCAAGUACCUGACAUGAUAUCUUGAACAUCUGAUUCUUGAUCCUUGUAGUCCAUGUAUUCUAUCAAAUGUUUUAAAGGAGUGAGUAAGAAUGAUUUGUCAUGAAAUGUUCAUAACUUUUUGAAAUUCUCAUAAUUCAUUUAAUUUGGAUUUGUUUUAUUACAUCCAAGCUUUCAGUUAGUAAACCACUGAUCUUGAAAUUACAAAUCUGUGUGCAACCUAGUGUCUGUAAACUUUUCAUAAACUAAUAUUGUACAGUAUAUUUCCAUUUGCCGUCUACUUGGGAUCUGAGAUAUGCAAAUAAGUCACCAUAUUGUCAUUAAUCUUUUUUGGUUACGGUGCACAAAAGUUGUUCUUCAUUUGUUAUCCCCACUGAUGUUCCCAAAUUUUUAAAAACUGCAAAAUAAUUCAAAGCUUAGUAUUUCCAUUGGAGGGCGCUUGAAUUUCUGUUUGGGUAAUGAAAUAAUUACUUUUUUCAUGAUUAUAAUUGCUUACCGAAGCGUGUUAAAAUGUGUUUGACUAUUCUGGUUCUGAAGUUGACCUGUUGUUCAAUUAGUCACAUACUACCAUAUUUUUCACAGUACAAUAGUUUCUGACUGAUACGAAAAACUCUUGUACAUUUUUGUGAAUGUAUAUUCUGCAGCUAAGCUACAAUCAGCCUCAGCACCUCUGGAAGGAGAAACAGUUAACAUUCUUUUCAAAGAUCUUUCAUCACAUAGUUCUUUAGCUCGACAUAUGAACUUUUUCUCCCCCCCUACAGGUGCCCUGGACCUUAAUUUUUUAUUCAAGAUUUUCACUGCAUUUUUUUUUAUUCUUUCAAGCCUUAGUUUAAAUCUAGUCAAAAUUCCUUUCUUUUAGUUCUGAGCUGUGUACCAACAAACAUUCUUGUUCAGGCUUGGAGAUGAGAUGUUAGCAUUGAGAGGAAAUCCAAAGCUACAAAUAGGUAAUAAAAACAAAUUAACUGAAUUUUUCCACCAAAGUAAAUUUAUGUUGGUUCCUUAUUUCCUAAAGUAUGUUCCAUGGAGAACUGCAGUCUGCUUGGAUCAGUUAACAUGGUUUUUGCUCUGCAAAAGAAAAGUAUAUUUUGCUCUUUUAUUAUGUUGUGAUUCAACAUGGUGAGAAGAUUUUAAUGCAUCUUUACAGAGCAGGAGCCAAAAGAAACUGGUUGCAUCUCAUCUUUCACCUGCUGAAAGAAGCAAUUGUCAUUCUUCUUUUCUUCAUCUCCCUCCCCCCCCCCCCAUUGAUUCUUCCAAGAUUGUCCUCAAAGCAGUUGCCAGAAGAUUUUAUUUGAAAUUGGGUCACAGAUCAGCUGUGAUCUCAUUGGGAUAAUGGUUUAAGGGUCUAAUUUGCCUGUGUCUAUUCCUUUUGAAGUUUUCAUAGUUUGUACUUUGUUCUAACCACUUAAAUCCACUAUUUACAAAAAGAAAAUGUCAUUUAAAUGUAAAUAUUACUGUUUAAUCUCAAAGGAAUACUUUAUUCUUUAUAACAAAGGCUUUAAGUUUUGGUAGGGUAACAAUGGGAGACAAAUUGCCAUAUAAAACUUUUGAAAUUAUUUUCAAAAACUAUCUUGAAUGAGUACAGUAAUGUCUGUUAAACAUAACGUUCGUUAUGUUAAAUGCGCUGUAGCAUGAAAGACAAACUAGGUUGAAGUGGGUAAGAAAAAAUGCUUAAUAGCUUAAGAGUACAAAGCUGAAACUGCAAGGGGAUUGUAUAUGGUUACAGUCAAUGAUUCGAUACUACUGAUUCAAAGCAUUUAUCCUUUCAUCCUUUUCAGGUCCGGACUGACCUGAUUCUAAUGUUAUGUAAUUUUCAUUUCCAGCAUUUGAUUUUCAUCUAAUAAAAAUACAAAAUAUUUUCAGAGCAGCCUUUUUUUUCCUAAAUGAAGUUUGAUUAUUGCAGCUCAGGAAUAAGAUUUUACUGGUGCCUUGCAAGAGCUACCCAUCCUCCUUGACUUUAGCAACCCUCAACGGAACAAUGAGCAUGGGCAACGUAAAAGAGCCAUUUAAACUUUGGGCCACAGUCGAUGGUAUUCUAAAGUUUUUUUUCAAUUAAUUGCUCGAACUUGCUGUGAUACUUAAUCUCUUUAUCUGAGGUGUAAUUGCUAUUUAGUUCAUUAAAGCUGAUUGUUUCUCCUACAACUUGCCUAUUCUGAUGGUAACAGACCCCACACAGACAUGGAGAGAAUAUGCAAUCCCCAUAUGGCCAACAGCCAAACGCAGGGUUGAAUCUAGAGCUUUGCUGCAGCAGUAACUGCUACAUCUACACUACGCCGGAUAAUUUUGAAAACGCCGGUUUCGAGUAAAAACGACAGGCGUCCACACUACUUAGUGUGCGUUUGUCCAGUUACAGAGUAGAAAAACUUUAAAGGAAUUGCUCUUGGCUCUCGCGUAGGACUUAAAAACACGAAUACCGGAGCGUAUGGAGGCAACUGACAGGGAGUUCACGGACAGUAUGACCCAGCUGACAUCGAACAUUGAAAAAACUG